UGUAGGUAGUGAACGGGACUCCAGAAGCAGGAGCUAAAAAUUUGGGACGGGUACAGAGGAAAAAAAAAAGAAAUCCACAUCCACAUCCGCUUUGAGUUAUCUUCUCUCGGACGCCAGCGAGUGCGAAGAUGGCCGACGCCGGGCAGCAGUACGUGGAAGGAUCGGAGAACGGUCACUACGAGGAGGGAGAGGGUCAGGCUGCCGGCGGGCGGGGAAUGGCGGCGGCGGCGGCGGACGGAGCGGAACCUUCCUCGGGAGCCGACAGCGAGGGCUCGAAAAUCAACGCCAGUAAAAACGAAGAAGACGCAGGGAAAAUGUUCGUAGGAGGCUUGAGUUGGGAUACAAGCAAAAAGGACCUGAAGGAUUAUUUUUCCAAAUUCGGCGAAGUUGUGGAUUGCACAAUUAAGAUGGAUCCUGCAACCGGAAGGUCGAGGGGGUUUGGAUUUAUCCUCUUCAAAGAUUCUUCAUGUGCCGAUAGAGUGUUGGAACAAAAAGAACACAAACUAGAUGGUAGAGUAGUGGAUCCUAAAAGAGCAAUGGCAAUGAAGAAAGAACCUGUGAAGAAGAUAUUUGUUGGAGGACUUCAUCCUGAUACCCCAGAAGAUAAAAUAAGAGAAUAUUUUGGAGCCUUUGGUGAGGUGGAAUCAAUUGAACUUCCAAUGGAUAGCAAGACCAACAAAAGGAGAGGAUUUUGUUUCAUUUCGUUUAAAGAGGAAGAACCAGUAAAAAAGAUUUUGGAGAAGAAGUACCAUGACGUUGGAAACAGCAAGUGUGAAAUAAAAGUGGCUCAGCCUAAAGAAGUUUACCAGCAGCAGCAGCAGUGGGGAGGCAGAGGUAGCCUUACAGGACGGGGUAGAGGUGGUGGCCGUGGAGCUGGUCAAAGUCAGAACUGGAGUCAAGGAUACAGCAAUAAUUAUUGGAAUCCAAGCUAUGGCAGCAGUUAUGGUUACAGCGGACAAAGUGGCUAUGGUGCAUAUGGAGGCUAUGAUUAUACUGGCUAUAAUUACAAUAGCAGUUACUAUGGUGGAUAUGGUCAAGGAUAUGAUUACAAUCAGAGUAAUGGUAACUAUGGGAAAGCACCGAGGCGUGGGGCAGCUCACCAAGGUGGUUACAAACCAUAUUGAUAUGGAAUGUGAAUGCAGGUUUUAAAACUUUUGCUAACUCUUUGGAUGAAGGACCCCACACAUUCUCUCUAAAAUCUGGAGAAUGUCACAUGAAGAUUAACAGUAAGUAAACUUCAUGUAAAAUUAAUUGGACUUGAUCCUUGAGCAAUAAUUAAUGUUUUGGCUAUUUGGCAAUACAAAAUUCCAUAGAAAUUUGAGUUCUCCUGGACGAACAUUGCUGUGGGUCACCAACUUUCAUCCAUAGGAAAUUGCAGAUAAUUCUGAUCAGAUUGUAAGUACAGGAGUGCAAAGAGUACUUUUUAAAACUUCAAAUAUUUGUAGCAAGUUUGUUGAUAUGGUUUGUUUAUUUUUUAAAAAAAAAAAACAUGUAUAGGCACACCUUUCCCACUUGAACUCCAUCUUAAAUACUGGGGAUUGUGGUUUUUACAUGUGUUCUAAGAUUAGUGAGUCAUGUCAGUGUGUUCAGGAUUAGUAAGAAGUGUCUACUACCUGCAUAGCAAGUGACACAGCCUGACGGAGUUGAGGACACACCCAAAGAUGUGUGUAUUAAAGCUAACUUGUUCUGUAGAUUUGAACAGAAUGCUGCUAGGUACAUUAAUUAUAUUGUCUGUAAUAUUCAUGAAGUACUUCUUGCUGCACUUGAAUUGACAGGCCACAUUCAAGGUGGUUGUGGUUUAUGGCCAUCCAACAAUGGUGUGUAAUUGGUUAGCUUCAGUUUGGAUGAUUAAAUGACUCUCUAGUUUAAAGUGUUUAAUGCUUUCAUAGUUUUAACCUUUGUUCCUUUUUUUUUUCCCUAAUGGGAUGAAGAGAAAAAUCUCAUUCACUGAAAAUGAAGCAAGUGGUCAAAGCAAAUGUGGCUACCAAUAGUGAAGUGAUCUUCUGAACAUGUAGCUCAUUUUUUUUGUUGCUUUUACUUCUAUUAAAAGAUAUUUGUAUGAGGACCAUAAUUGGUUUUCUUUUUUGGUACUUUUUCAGGUCAUCAAGCUGGCAGAAACAUUCACUGGUCCUCUAAAUGCAACUGUGUUGCAUUUAGGGACUGGUCUGAACUGUUUUCACUCUGGAUGACUCCCAAAUGUACAGAAGAUUGUUUUAGGGAAGCCUGUCACUUUCCAGCUUUUUUUUUUAUUUUGUAGUCUGUCUUUUGUGUCGUACAUUUCCUGUGAUGGAAGUGGUUUUUACUGUACUUUUUGGUACCUAAUGGAUGCUAAUAAUGUAUUAUGUAAGUUUGUAUUUUACAUAAAAUUACUGGAUUUGCAUCAAUACCUUGCUUAUUGGAGCAGUCCAAGUUCCAGAAAUAAAAGUUCCUUUUGUGUA